AUGCACGGCCAGUUUUUCAAUGUUCAGUAUGACUUGCGAAUGGUCACCCUCGUCGCCAGAAAUGAAUCUGUUGGACUAUUCCGCAUAUGGAAUAUUUCAGUCGAGGGUCCAAGCACGUCCAGAACCAAAUUUGUAGCCAUUGAAAUCAAGUUUGAUCUCAGACUGGGUCAAUUUAUCUCCAAAAUACCCCCUUGCCACGGUAGAUGCGUUCCCGAAGAGACUCAUCGAUGUUAUUUAGAAAGUAUUCAGUAA